AUGGAAGGCCACAAGUCUCCUACCUCCCUUAUAACAUCCACGACAUCCACACUCUUCACCUUCCUCGCUCUCUACCUCACUACGCUCUUCUCCCUCGAUACCUGGGCCGCCGCACGAGGCUCACCUUAUCGCGCACCAGGCAACAAUUCCUUCUACCGGCCGGCAGCCACACCACCGGCACCGGAUAGUUACCAAGGCAGUAUGCAUGGACGGGGGAAUGCUGGGCCUGGGGCGGGAAGUCGAGGAGGAGGAGGAGGUAGAGAUGUCGGGAGAGUAGCGCAAGCGAGAGAUUCGAGGCCGCCAAUUAAGAUGGGUGGGUCGGCGGCGUGUGGUGCUUGUAUGAUUUAG